UAUAUUCAAAACUUACAUUAUAUUUAAUUCAGUUAAGGUAAUUGCUUGUAUGUCAACAUGCGGAUACUCUCUCCAGAGAAGAAAUAUCUCUACUACCUGAUGAUAAGCCAGUUGCACGAAGAUGGAUAUACUCAACAAGCUCUUCAGCUUGAAGUCUCCACAAUCCAUAGUUCUGGUGCUGUCAAAGCAAGUGACAAGCUAAGCCGCUUAUUCUCCUCAUGUUUAUCAAGCGUUACUGAGGCAACUGCUCAUUUCAGUUCCAAUAAAGGUACUACCUUGACUGUAAGUGGCCGAAAAAGGCACAAUAUGUCCGGGGCUAAUAUAAGAGCAGCCAACCUUGCAAACCUAGCAAAACGAAGGCGCACUGCAGGUACCAUUGAUUCAACCAGCAUAUUCCAAGAUUCGAUCAAGAAAUGUGUCAAGUUGGUAACAAAUGACCUGCAAAAAGCAACAUCGGAUAUAAGUUCAAUAUCUCCCGGACCAAGUCCCCUGUCAAAAUCAGGAGCCCUCUCACCUAAACAGAUGGUUCAAAGGAGUGCCUUGAAUAAUUCCAAACUGCAGAAAAGUCCUGCAGCUCGCCAGCUUUUUUCCAAUCCAUCAUCAUCCAAAGCUCCUUUAUCCAGCAACAACCCAAGAACCGUGCCGACUGUGUCUAAUUCGUUUUUGAAAGGAAUAAGUCUGUUUAAGACCUCUAAGCUACCAUCGGUAACACCAUACAACGCUCCUCAGUCAGCAAGUGGAAAAUCUCCCAUUCAGCCAGUGAGCCCUCGAUCUGUCACCGCUCAAAUACUUCAGCAACAACGCAUGACGUCAGACUCCGCUGCUGUUGUUAGAGUUACUAAAACCAACGACCCUGUAAUAAUUGAUGUUGAGGCUCCGUCAACCUCUAAAUCAUCGAAUGCAAGUGGUCUGCAGUUGACCCAGCCUAGAUCUGCUCCACUACAAUCGGCCCAAGGUAUUCCUCUACCGAAGCCACAAGCCCUAACAAAACCACAACAACAGUACCCUCUCCAGAUAGGCAGCUCCCACAUUAAACCUGUUCUCACUGUUGGAAACACCAAUGCAUCGGCUCUCAAAUCGCUAGUUAACAAGAUAUCCAAAAGGCCAGUGUUGUCCAUCCAAAAAAGGCCAAUGCCGCCCACCAUUUCUCAACAGAAAUCGAAAUCACCCCCACAAGUGGUCGUGAUAGAUGGUCCCAGUCCUGUUAAAACGACAAGUGUGCCCACCUCUACCCUGGUAACAACCUCACUUCAAAGGAGGUCGUUGGCUCCCGAACUGACCUCCCAACCUCCAACCAGUCAGAUAGCACCAACAACAACAACCUCCUCAUUGAGCACACCUCCCAACCCCUCCCAACCCAUCAACGUGUCGGCUACUUUAAGUGCCCUUGGUUUGCAGCCGUCCCGUCAGCCAGCUAAAGGUCCCUCCAGUCCUGUUCCAGCACGAUCUGCUCCAUCCUCCCCUGUUCCCGCUCUAUCCCACCUGCCUGUCCCUGAAUCUCCUCCUACUAGAAACUCCCCACUGUCUGUCCCUUCGUCACCUUCUGCUAUGAGUCCUCCAAAGAGUGGAUCUGCCCAGCCAUCUCCUCAACCUGCUAGUGAUUCUAAUCAAUCACAAACUAACGGUCUAAAGUCUCCAAACCCUUCGGAAGGUUCUCCUAGUCCCUCUCUGAAAGAACCUGCAUCUGAAUCAUCAAGGAGUUCAACUGCUGAUGAAACAGCGGAGGUUAAGACCGAGGAGUCAGGACCAACCCAGCCCCAAAUAGCCUGUGUACAGUGUGAACCAACAGACGACCAGAAAUACUCAAUACCGGAAACAGGAACCAAAAAACGCUCCUCUACCGCAGGAGAAAGAUCCAAUGCUUCGUCUGACACGGACUUUCCUUCAGAAAUAUUUGCUGAAGAAACCCCUGGCCCUGGAGGGAGCAACACGGAAAAUGAUCCGGAAAAAGAGCCGUUUAAAAGUCCAACAUCACUGUCCGACGCACUGCAUGCGGCCUCUGAUGCGUUGCUGGAGCAAACUUAGUGUAACUUAUUAAUUUAUUUUAGCGGUAUUAUGUGUCCUCGUGUUACUUGCCACGCAAGACGGCCAUGUUGCAUUUUUGUUUAGUCCAUAGUUAUCGUAUUUUAGCAGCAAAUAAGGGCUUAGGUGCAAUGACCAAAGCCACCAUGAUGCCAUUAUUGGCUGGUGCCAUGGUGACACCACAGUGGAGGAUUAGUGGCAUUGGUCGUUGCAUCUACGCUCGUAAAUAAGGUUAUUUUGCUGCAACUUAUUUAUUUCCGUAAUUUUAAAGUAAUAUGCGCAGUAAGCAUAGAAUUAAUACUUAAUUUUUGUGUCAAUUUUGUAGAAGUGUGCAUAAUAAUUGCUUACACUGUUUACAUGCAUUCUUCAAAUUUGCAUGUUACUAAGUAUUUUUCACCUGACUUGUUCUAAUGGAUUUGUUGUAAUCAUCAUUAUUAUUAAUAUUCAAGUGUUUUUUAUGAAAAGUUUAUCGAGAAGUUGUAUUUGUAAAGUAAUAAUAAUCUUUACAGAAAAUAGUGUGAACCCCAUUAUUUUUCUCAAUAAGUGUUUCUGUUCUCUUUGACUGUUCUACUAUUUAUUUCUUUUAUCUACAAACAGAUUUUUGAGCAGAAGGUUGAACUGCCAUUUUUAAGUUUACUUAUUUAAAUCGUAUCUUAAAUAAAAUCGUUUUACUCUUGAAUCGUUUUACAAUGAAUUAUUCACG